AUGGAUGAUGAUUGGGAUGAUAUUCCGGAGUACACUCCAGCGCAGAGGGCGGCAAAAUAUGCGGAAGAUUUGGAGACAUUUCAGACAUCACUUACCAAUGAGUUCCGGGACUUCGCGGCCAAAGCUUUUGGGAUGCGAGGGCCAUAUUUCGUACGAACCUACUUCGAUAUCAUCGGUACAUUACGUGGCAGCGCCAGGGACCCCAUCGUCGAAGGUGGCGUAGCGGGCGUCGAUGAUCUCUUUCGACGGGGUGUAAGUCUUCUUCAACCCAUGUUGGACUUCGCAAAAGGCGCGGUAGCGGACGUGUCACCCAUGUUCCGGUUGUUGAGGGCCGCCUACGAUGACCUAGCCUCUGCGCCAUUCCUUGGCCUCCACCCCGACAUGGGGCUGCAUCUCGUCCGCAUGGCACAUCUGAUUCGCAGUUUUCAACCUCCCGCCGCACAGGCCUGGGACGGCGACGAUCUCCGGGGGUCGGAGUCCUUCGACGAGGUAUACGAGAGAUUCAUGGCCGCGCGGGACAACACAACCCUCAGGGGUAACGACGACCGUCGCAACUACAUCCGCUGGUCGCAAAACCAGCUCGAUGAAGCCUUCGACGCUCUUAUGCUGCCCGAGGAUCUCGCCGACGCACCAGACGGGUUUUUCAACGAGAGCACCCGACCUAUGUAUAUUGAUAGUAUGCCGGGGUCCGACGCGUUUCUUUACGGAAAGGGUACCCGUUCGGGCAUUGUGAGAGUUCGGCAGGAACUCGGGGGUCCGCUCUCUGCUGAGGAAACAGCUGCAAUCGCAGCAUCCCGUGCAAAGCCAUCCACCAAAGGAGGCUCAUCAGGAGGCGGGUCGGGAGGCGGUUCAGGAGGCGGAUACGGUGGCGGGGGACCACCGGGACCCAGAAAGGGUCGUCCUAUCUUCCCUUACACCAUGACUCUGGAGCACGCCAGGGCCGACCUCAAGGACCUAAAUGAUGAUGCCUACCCUAAAGACAGACCUCGGCCUGACGAAACCGUACUCCAGCAUCCCACGACCAAGAACCGACCAGAUACUAUGGCAGACUAUAAGAAAGACCUCGAAAAUAUCGUGAAGGAGGCCCGAGUAGACUACUACCAGGCCGAGACGACCCCCAAAGACCAGGAACAGCGCGACCUGAUCGCCAUGCCGCUCGCCGACGCCCUGAGGAAGCAGCGGCGCGCGGUGAGGAACCUCAUGAAGACGAAGGGCAACGCGCAGCUCAAGGAGCUGCGGCUCGAGGCGUUCAAGCUGAAGUACCUGCGCGCGCUGCAGAUGCGCCUGAUCGUGGUCGCGAAGCCCCCCGUGACGGACCUCGAGAUGCGCGACGCGCUGCGCGACCGCCUGGCCGACUGGAUCAUGUACGAGCGCGCCUGGGACGCGGGAGACAAGGUCAUGUCGGACAGGGCCAACAUUGGAAAGGACCUCAAAAAGAGGUUGUCGAGGUACAUGGCCCGACGGAAGGCGAACAUCCGCGCCUGGACGGAGCUUGAGAAGGGAUUCCAGGGGAGGCUGAGGUAUGAAGAGGGAGGCGAUGAAGAAGACGACGAAGAAGGCGAUGGUGACAACGGCGGACAGGGCGGUGACGGCGGACAGGGCGGCGGAGGAAAGAAAUCGUCCAAGACAGAGACACCGGCUGAUAGGGAGAAGGCAGCCCGCCGCCGCCUCGAGCGCAUCCUAAGGCCCCGGCUGCCCGGGUCCACCGUGCGCGUCGACUCACUGGACGAACGGCGACGCAUGGCCGGCGCACGGAAGGACGCCGAAGACAGGGCUAGAGGCAAGCUCGGCACCAAUGUGGAAUUCGGGCUUAACCCCAACGGGCCGGUGAAGCCGGACCCCUCGUGGACUGCUGCCGAUGGGCCGCCGGGACACGCGGGCUUGGCCCGCGAUACUGUCUUCGAGAGGCUGUUGUACAUGAUGAUUGUGACCCAUUGGCGUUGCUACCAGGCGAGGAAUCUGUAUGUCUGA